AUGACUGGCGAUUUCAUCAUUUUCAUGACUGGCAUUAACAGGGCUUUAAAUCGCGCACCGACACACGUUUGCGAGAAUUUUAAAAUUCCGCGAUUCACGAAGUCAGACAUUGACUUUAUUGACGAGUAUGUUCAGGUGUUUACACCUCUCGCACAAGCUAUAACUCUUCUCCAGCGCGAAAACAGUAUGUUCACGGCAUAUCUCAUGCCUAUAGUGGCUUCACUUCGAAAAAAAAUGUUCGUGUUGCUGUUUGAGAACUUGAGGUACUGCCGCCCGGUGGUCGAGAGCUUAAUCGCGGCGAUCAAUAAGAUGUUUGCAGGUAUGGAGGAAGAAAAACAUUUGAUAAUAUCUGCCGUAUGCCAUCCAAAAUUUAAGGUUGCAUGGAUAGACAGCGAAGUGGAAUGGAAGCGGGCCUGGGAUUAUCUAAAGAGCGAACUUAUCCGAACAUCAACUAUAGAAAAAGCGUCGUCAGGCGAACGAAGUGGUGGGGAUGAAGAAGACUGUGAGCACUUCUUUAACUGCGAAACAUCGUCCUCAUCUGCUACAUGGGAGCAGGAGUUUGUACAGUACACCGAACUUGCUCCCACAAGAAGUCUGGACUGUCCCAAGCACAUGUCGCUGCUGAAAAGCGCGUUCUUAAAAUUCAACACAGGGCUUCCAAGCAGUGUGGCGUUGGAGCGCGUUUUUAGCAUAGGAGGAACAAUUGCUACCAAACUGCGAUCGUAG